AUGGCAGCUGUCUACACCCUAACCCCGUACCCACUGAGUGCACUUAAACUGCCCCUGUCUGCUGUCCAUACCCCAUCACUGUAUCCAGUUUAUGCUCUUGAACUGGCCCUAAAUGCUGUCCACAUGGCAAUCUCGCACCCAAUUGUCGCUCUUGAACCAGCAAUGUCAGCUGUCUACACUCUAACCCCAUAUCCCCUGAGUGCACUUGAAAUGGCCCUGUCUGCUGUCCAGACCCCAUCACUGUAUCCAGUUUAUGCUCUUCAUCUGGCCCUGCCUGCUGUCCACAAACCAACCCUGUACCCUGUGAGCGCAUUUGAACUGGCCCUCCCUACUGUCCAUACUCCAUCAAUGUUUCCAGUUUGCGAACUACAACUGGGCAUACCUGCUGUCCAGACACCAACCCUGUACCCAGUUUUCACCCUUGAACCGACCCUCUGUCUUGAACUGGCGCUGCCGCUGGUGCACAACCCAACCCUGUACCCAGUGUUUGUGUUUGAACUGGCCCUGCCUGCAGUCAAUAUCCCAUCACUGUAUCCAGUUUAUGCUCUUGAACUGUCCCUGCAUACUGCCUAUACCCCAUCACUGUAUCCAGUUUAUGCUCUUGAACUGGCCCUGCAUGCUGUCCACAUGGCAAUCUCGCACCCAAUUGUCGCUCUUCAACCAGCAAUGGCAGCUGUCUACACUCUAACCCCAUAUCCGCUGAGUGCACUUGAAAUGGCCCUGUCUGCUGUCCAGACCCCAUCACUGUAUCCAGUUUAUGCUCUUCAUCUGGCCCUGCCUGCUGUCCACAACCCAACCCUGUACCCUGUGAGCGCAUUUCAACUGGCCCUCCCUACUGUCCAUACUGCAUCAAUGUUUCCAGUUUGGGAACUACAACUGAUCAUACCUGCUGUCCGCACACCAACCCUGUACCCAGUGUUCACCCUUGAACAGACCCUGUCAGCUGUCACACACCCAAACCCCAUACCCAGUUAG